CCGUGUAAUACCCACAGCAGCUCCGGAGAAACUCUCCCCGACGCAUUAAAUCAAGCAAAACAUGGCAGCGGCAGGGGCCUCGUCUAACCCCGGCGGGGGGCCGGAGAUGGUGCGAGGGCAGGCGUUCGACGUAGGCCCGCGAUAUACCAACCUGUCAUAUAUCGGGGAGGGAGCGUACGGCAUGGUUUGUUCUGCCUAUGACAAUGUAAACAAAGUACGAGUUGCUAUCAAGAAAAUCAGCCCAUUUGAGCAUCAGACAUACUGCCAGAGAACACUGAGGGAGAUCAAAAUCUUGCUGCGUUUUAAGCAUGAAAACAUCAUUGGAAUUAAUGACAUAAUUCGAGCUCCAACCAUUGAGCAAAUGAAAGAUGUGUAUAUUGUGCAGGAUCUCAUGGAGACAGAUCUCUAUAAACUCCUGAAGACUCAGCAUCUUAGCAAUGACCACAUCUGCUAUUUCUUGUACCAGAUCCUGAGAGGAUUAAAGUACAUCCAUUCAGCCAAUGUUCUACAUCGUGAUCUUAAGCCUUCAAAUUUGCUGCUUAACACUACCUGUGAUCUUAAGAUUUGUGAUUUUGGAUUGGCUCGUGUUGCAGACCCAGACCAUGAUCACACUGGAUUUCUCACAGAAUAUGUAGCCACUCGCUGGUACAGAGCUCCUGAGAUCAUGCUGAAUUCCAAGGGCUAUACCAAAUCGAUUGACAUCUGGUCUGUUGGCUGCAUUCUUGCUGAGAUGCUUUCUAAUAGACCCAUAUUUCCUGGAAAACAUUAUCUUGACCAACUCAAUCACAUACUUGGAAUUCUUGGAUCUCCAUCUCAAGAGGACCUAAACUGUAUAAUCAAUUUAAAAGCUAGGAAUUACUUGCUUUCCCUUCCUCACAAAAAUAAGGUGCCAUGGAACAGACUUUUCCCUAAUGCAGAUCCUAAAGCUCUAGAUUUAUUGGACAAGAUGUUGACCUUCAACCCCCACAAAAGAAUUGAAGUAGAGGCAGCUUUGGCUCAUCCCUAUCUGGAGCAAUAUUAUGACCCAAGUGAUGAGCCUGUAGCUGAAGCUCCCUUUAAAUUUGAAAUGGAGCUUGAUGAUUUGCCCAAGGAGACACUGAAGGAGCUAAUUUUUGAAGAAACGGCUAGAUUCCAGCCAGGGUACUGACCACCAUAUGACAACAGGGAAAGGAUGUGAAGGACUUUGCACGCUGAGACAUCGGUGUUGUUCUUGCCAGUUCUUCCUCCUUGGGCGUGUCCUGUGCUCCAUCUCAGCUUGUCCAGUCUAACUUCUUUGAGCCAUUAUGGAGGGCAGUUCCUGGUAGUUGUGGCUUUUUAUGCUUCUGAUGAAUUCUUUCGAUCUGGAGAAUUGUUCUUGACACUCCUUUGUGAAAGUGGUGCGGCAAACACACACCUGCUGAGACCUUCAUUAACCGCUUGUACAUUAUUAUUUUUUUUUUGUAUUGUUUUAUAAAGAUGCAGUGAUUCCUUUUCAUUUUUCUGGGUAUACAGCACCCUGACUUUCACUGGCCCUGCACACUGUAUCAAACCACACAUUCAAACACUGUGGUAUUUGGCAUUGUGUUUUGUUUUUUCCCUCUUUCUUAGUUUUUCCUUUUUUUUUCCUUUUUUUUUUUUAUUUGGGAGAGUUAUUCUCUGGGCACUUUAAAUCAAUGUAAAGCCCUAUUUACUUGCACAUAUCAUUUUAAACAAAUGCAGUUGUAAGCUUUGAAAUUCUAAUGGAGCUUAUCAUAUAUAUAACGGUUACUAGCUUUCUCUAGCACUUAGCAGAGCUGAGCAAACUAUUUUACCCCUUGCCAUGUUUAAGGGACCUUGUAGGUUGAAAAGAUAAUAAUGCCCCCUAAUAAAAUCUAUAUGUGUACAUGCUUA